AUGUUGGGAGCGCUUCUUCUUCCUCUUCUCGCAGCGGGGUUCACCGAAGCCCGUGAUUCAUGGGAGCGGGCGAACGAGCGAGCUGGUCGAGCUCUCUCAGGGCUGUCUCUUGAGCAGAAAGUCGGCAUUGUCACCGGUGUUGGAUGGACCAAGGGCCCAUGCGUUGGCAACACCAGCCCUGUUCCAUCCAUCGGCUAUCCGUCCCUCUGCCUGCAGGAUGGUCCUCUCGGCAUCCGAUUCGCAAAGGGAGUCACCGCCUUCCCAGCUGGCAUUCAGGCUGGAUCAACAUGGGACAUCAACCUGAUCCGCGAACGUGGAAAGGCCAUGGGUGAAGAGGCUCGGGGCCUGGGCAUUCACGUGCUGCUGGCGCCGGUCGCUGGUCCUCUUGGAAAGAUCGCCCGUGGAGGCAGGAACUGGGAAGGUUUCGCAGCGGACCCGUAUCUGUCCGGCAUCGCCAUGAAAGAAACUAUCGACGGCAUCCAGAGCGUUGGUGUCCAGGCCUGCGCCAAGCACUGGAUCGGCAAUGAGCAAGAACUCCGCCGCGAAACGAUCAGCUCAGAUAUCAAGGACCGGGAGUUGCACGAGCUUUACAUGUGGCCUUUCGUCGAUGCAAUCAAGGCUGAUGUGGCAUCCGUUAUGUGCUCUUACAACAAGGUCAACGGGACUUGGGCAUGUGACAGUGACGACGUCAACAACAGGCUCCUGAAGAACGAGCUUGGAUACCGUGGCUACGUCUUGAGCGACUGGAAUGCACAGCACUCCACCGUCCAGAGCGCCAACGGCGGUCUCGACAUGACUAUGCCGGGUACUGAUUUCAACCAACCUCCAGGCAGCAUCUAUUGGGGACCAAACCUGACAGCCGCAGUCCGGGCCGGCGAGGUACCAGAGGCUCGUGUCAACGAUAUGGUUCGGAGAAUCCUUGCACAGUGGUACGCCCUAGACCAGGACCGCGGCUACCCUGCAACGACCAUCAACUCGUGGAACCUUACCGCAGGCGGCCCAGAUGUUCAAGGAAACCACAAGAACAUUGCCAGGACCGUCGCUCGUGAUGGCAUCGUCCUCCUCAAGAACGACAACAACGCCCUCCCUCUCAAGAAGCCCAGCAGCUUGGCGAUCAUCGGAGAAGACGCUAUUGUCAACCCAGCUGGCCCGAACGCCUGCCCCGACCGCGGCUGCAACACCGGCACUCUGGCUAUGGGCUGGGGCUCCGGCACUGCUGACUUCCCGUACCUCGUUGACCCUGUCAGUGCGAUCUCCAGGCGAGCAGCCGCUGAUGGCACGACGCUCGCUACCAGCACCACCAACGACCAAGCUGCUGGCGCCAGUGCCGCCGCCGCUGCUUCAACCGCCAUGGUCUUCAUCAAUGCUGACAGCGGAGAGGGCUACAUCACCGUCGAAGGCAAUGCCGGCGACCGUAUCAAUCUCGACCCGUGGCACUCUGGCAAUGAACUCGUCGCUGCCAUCGCUGCUGUUGGAAAGCCCACCAUCGUCGUCAUCCACAGCGUCGGGCCGAUCAUUCUUGAGAGCAUCCUCGCACAGCAGAAUGUCGUUGCCAUCGUCUGGGCCGGUCUUCCGGGCCAGGAGAGCGGCAAUGCGCUCGUCGAUGUUCUGUACGGCGAUGUCAACCCUAGCGGCAAGCUGCCCUACACCAUCGCCAAGUCCGAGUCCGACUACCCGACCAUCGUGGAUGCGCCCAACGACCCCUUCACUGAGGGCCUGUACAUCGACUACCGCCGCUUCGAUGCCCUCAACAUCGCGCCGCGCUACGAGUUCGGUUUCGGAAUGUCAUACACGACCUUCGGCUUCAAAGGCCUCGACAUCUCCUCGCGCUCCGCCCGUGGCGGCAACGGCUACGGCAACCGCAACAGCUCCGGCAUCGCCGCCGGCCCCGCGACCGGCCGACGCGGCCCCGGCGGUCGCCAGGACCUCUUCGACAUCGUGGCCACCGUUACCGCAACCGUGACCAACACGGGCCGCGUUCAGGGCGCCGAGGUCGCGCAGCUGUACAUCAGCCUACCGUCGUCCGCACCGGAGACCCCGCCGCGCCAGCUCCGUGGCUUCGUGAAGCUGAACCUUCGCCCGGGCCAGAGCAGGAAGGCAACGUUUGAGCUUAGGCGACGCGAUCUCAGCUUCUGGGACGUCGCGCUCCAGGAGUGGGUCGUGCCGAGGGGUAACUUUGGGGUCCAGGUUGGGGCCAGCUCCAGAGAUGCGAGGUUGACUGGGACGAUUACCGUUUAG